GAGAAUAAAAGCCAAAGUUAAGGUCUGGUGGUUGUCGGCCAUAAUAUAACGUAGCUAAAUUCAAACUAUGCAGGUUAACAUUUGCUUUUUAACGUGACAGAAAUCAUCAAUCAGCAGCCAACAACUUUCUGUAGUUUGUCUCAUGAAAGAGAAAGGAAGUACAGAAACAGCUAAAUAUCUGCAGGAAAAGUUGAGACAAGAAAUGGAGGAACACAUCAGAGAAGGUAAAGGCAGCGCAGAAAAGGUCCAGGAGAGGGUAACCAGAAUCCAACAGCUGAAGGAAGCUCUGAGAGAGGAAACACUGAAGAAUGGGAAUGUUUCAGAAAAGUCCCAAUUCUGUCAACAAUCUCAGUUGGAAUACAAUGAAGCGCAGGAGCGGAGGAGGCAACUUAAGGAGGAUCACACAAGAUUAAUUCAGGAGGAGGUGGCGAAGAUGGAGAGAGACUUGGCGCAGGAGCAGCCGCCGACAGAAAGCCCUCAGAGGGAGCUGCUGGUGCUGAGCAAAGAGAGGCAGGUCCUGGUGAUGCAAAUAGAGGCGCUUCGUGCCGAGGGCCAGCAGGCAGAAAGCGACCUUCAGGAUCAGCAUCACAGACACCAAACGGAGCUGCAUUGUUUGAGGGAAGAGAGCCUACAGGUGUUCAGGGCGUUUCGUCAAGUUAGUGAGGAGCAGAGGAAGAUUUCAGAGGGAAGAUAUAGGAGUGUGCUGCUGGAAGCUGUGCAGGAUGCCAUCUACCUGUCGGCUCAGAAUCAGCAGCUGCAAGCUGAAAACAAGGAACUUCAAAAAGCACUGGGGGAGAUUAAAGACGCUCUUGCUGUGCGAGGAGAUCCUGUGACUGACCUGAUAAACCAGCAUCAAUGAGUCUCAUACUGAAAACGCGUGUUGGUAAAUGAUUCAGAAACUUUAUUGGUCAUAAACGCAACAUGUAACAUUUUAUCCCUGAUGUUGUGCUUUAAAGAUGAUUUGGUUUAUGAUUAUGGAUCCUCGCAGCAUGUCUCUGCAACAAUGUAACUGUGUAGCAAACAAAACCCAACAUUUGAUUCAUUUUGCCAGCUUGUUCUUUGAGACACUUCUCAAAUGUAUAAGUGAUAACACGUCUGCAUCUGCAGUAAAUAAAGUAAAGGACUAAAGGAGUUCAGUUUUAGAAGGCAGAUAACAUAAAGGCUAAAUAAAACACAAACCAGACAAUGCCCAGCAAAAGUGCUUAUAUCCCUUAAGAUGCUCCACAUUUUUUCACACAUCAGCUUCAAUGUCUGUAUUUUGUUAGGAUUUUAAGCAAUGGACCAACCUCGGUGUGAAGAUUAAAGUUUUGGAAGUCUGAUGGAGCAGAACUUUGAUCAGAAAAGCAGUCUAGAAUCCCAUUGUAACUCUGGAGGAGCUAUAGGGAUCCAUAGCUCAGGUGCAACAACCUAUUAAAAGGAUUUGUCAUGCACUUUGCAAAUCAGGCCAUUUUACAAGAGAGUUUCAGAAGGAGUCAUUGUUGAAAUAAAGUUAUACGAAGUAUAACAUAAGCCACUUGGGAGAGAGAGCAAACAUGUUUAAGGUGCUUUGGUUAAAUAAGAUUAUU